UCCUCCAGCGCUUCACUUCUCCUUGUGUACCCGCUGUGUGUGCUUCCUCAUGGCGCUGAGCGCUGCGGACUGGCUCCCCGGGACAUUUCCUCUGCUUCGCCACAAUGUGGACCUCCAGCGGUGUGCGUGCUCUCGGGAGGCUUCAUGAAGCAGCGAAGAGGCUGGGACAGCUAACUGGAUGCUAUGGUGGGACCUCCUCCUCAUCAGUUUCCACACAGCCGUGGAUCUAACCAGGAGUGCAGUGCUCUGAACACAGCCGGGUGAGCCUCACACGCACCUCUGCACCUCUGUUUGAGGUGCCCCCCCCCUACAGUAAGACAGCAGCACACAGAGCAAACAUGACUGACAGAGUGAGCUUCAGCACACCCAAAGUCCACCCCGCGUCCGCCGGAGCUCCUGUGCUCCCCCCUGAGCCGAUUGACAUCAUCCGCAUCAAGGCCCGCUGCCGGCGCGUCAGGCUCAACGUCGGAGGUCUCACACAUGAAGUCCUGUGGAGAACACUGGACCGGCUGCCCAGAACCCGUCUGGGACGGCUAAGAGACUGCAACACCCACGAGUCGCUGCUCGAGAUCUGCGAUGACUACAGCCUCACCGAGAACGAGUACUUCUUCGACCGGCACCCGGUGGCCUUCUCCUCCAUCCUCAACUUCUACAGAACCGGGAAGCUGCACAUGAUGGAGGAGAUGUGCGCCCUGUCCUUCGGCCAGGAGCUGGACUACUGGGGAAUCGACGAGAUCUACCUGGAGUCGUGCUGCCAGGCGCGGUACCACCAGAAGAAGGAGCAGAUGAACGAGGAGCUGCGGAGGGAGGCGGAGACGCUGAGGGAGAAGGAUGGGGAGGAGGAGGAGCAGGGCUGCUGUCCCGACAAGAGGCAGCAGCUGUGGGAUCUGCUGGAGAAACCCAGCUCCUCUGUGGCUGCAAAGAUCCUGGCUAUGAUCUCCAUCCUGUUCAUCAUCAUUUCCACCAUCUCGUUGUCCCUCAACACCCUGCCGGAGCUCCAGGUGGUAGAUGAAUUUGGCCAGUUCAAUGACAACCCCAGCCUUGCCCACGUGGAAGCUGUCUGCAUUGCCUGGUUCACCAUGGAGUACAUGCUGCGCCUGCUCUCUGCACCCAACAAAUGGAAUUUUAUCAAAGCACCACUGAACAUCAUUGAUUUGCUGGCUAUCCUGCCUUACUAUGUGACCCUCUGCCUAACUGAGUCUAACAAGAGUGUGAUGCAGUUCCAGAAUGUGCGCCGUAUGGUCCAGAUCUUCCGAAUUAUGAGGAUCCUGAGGAUCCUGAAGCUGGCUAGGCACUCGACAGGACUCCAGUCUUUGGGCUUCACUUUGCGAAGGAGCUAUAAUGAGUUGGGUCUGCUGAUCCUCUUCUUAGCCAUGGGCAUUAUGAUCUUCUCUAGCUUGGUGUUCUUUGCUGAGAAGGACGAGGACGCCACCAAAUUCACCAGUAUCCCUGCCUCCUUCUGGUGGGCUACCAUUACUAUGACCACUGUUGGUUACGGAGACAUCUACCCACAAACCCUGCUGGGCAAGAUUGUAGGAGGGCUCUGCUGCAUAGCAGGUGUGUUGGUCAUUGCUCUUCCCAUCCCAAUCAUUGUCAACAACUUCUCUGAGUUCUACCGAGAGCAGAAGAGACAGGAGAAGGCCAUCAAGAGGAGGGAAGCUCUUGAAAGAGCCAAACGGAGUGGAAGCAUUAUUUCUAUUAACCUAAAGGAUGCUUUUGCACGUAGUAUGGAACUCACAGAUGUGUUGGUGGAAAAGAAAGAUGACAGUAAGUGUCCUGUGGACAAUCACCUGUCACCCAGCCGCUGGAGCUACCACAAACACUACUCCAAUGCAGAGGUGGGCAGCCCAGGCAGGUCCCAACAUUCACAUUACCAGGAAGUGGCUCAGCUGGGCUCCCCUGAACGAGUCAAGCCUUUGUCUAACAAAACUACCCCUCAACACCUCAACGCAAAGCGGCUAGAAGAUGCUUACAACGGGAAGGAAACCAUCCAGCAGCAGGAAAAAAUUAUUGAGGAGCAGAUGGAGAUGAAAGCGUUAACCUCAUCCCAAGCCCGGCAAACUUCACCUGAAGUCAGCCUUGCCAGGAAAUUCUCCAAUGUGGCUGAUGAUUUUUCAGUGGAAAGAGGAGAAAAAAGCUCUCUGCCCCCCAGUGCUGAAGGGGGCCAAACUGGUGCUAAACACCAGCGUAUCCCCCCUCCCUUGGAUCUAAGUCACAUCAGCACCAUGGAGGUGAACAGGGGCCCUGACAGCAUCCAGCCAAUGACCAUCAUCAAAGAGGGUUUGUAUGAGUUUGUGUCCAGCCCUAGAGGAAGUGGGACUGGAGAUAUGGGUUUGGUGCCACAGAGUGUGGAAAGCAUAGGGAAGACCUAUGACAGCAUCCGCAGCUCCUUGCGAGAUUAUAGCAGCCCUCAAAAGACAAGAGCCCUCAAGGUUGACUUCAUUGGAUCCCAAGAUGAUGUGCUUAUGGGGGUGAUGACACCUGUGGCGACCCCAGCCUCUGCUGGCUCAGCCAAGCUUGCUCAACUACUUUCCGAUGACAUGGUUUCCAGGUUUUCUCCAUCUCCUAGCUCCACAACACAGGAAGCUAAGUCUCCACUGGCUAUCCUGCAAUCUUCGUCUCUGGCCCAGCAAUCUGUCAGUCCAAGCAACUCCCAGGGGGGAGGUGAGGGCUCAGCAGCCAGGAGCUUAGAAGGUGAAGGGCAGCUCACAGGCUUAAGCCACCAGGGGAGGAAUCACAUGGAGAGGUCUGCUGUCGGCUCAGGCAGCAGUACUAGCCCACUGUUGUCUAAAACCAGCCCGCUCAAUUGCACCCAGGAGCUAGUCACUAUGGAAGGAGGGGAGGAAGGAGAAGGAAGGGAGGGAGCAGAACAGAGUGGAGAGAAACAAGAAAACCACAUUGUUCUGGAUGGAAGCCUGACACCGCCCUGUGAAACGAGCAUGUGAGUCCAAAGGUACAAAGAGGUUCACAGACAGAUACCCCAAAUGGAUGGGUUGGGGAAAAGGUUGACGGGAUGGAUGAAAGCAGCUACCCAGAAUAAACCAUAACAGCUAUUACCUGGUGUGGCCAACAACACAUACAUUAAAGUGUUAACAAAACUAUCAACUACGGUUACUUUAGUUUUUCUGGAGAGAUGCACUCGUCAUAUCCCAGAAGACUUUUGGACUCUCAUCUAUUUUUUGACUAGCACUGCUGUCCAUAAACAGACAUCUCUGCAGUGUUUUCACAUGGCUUUAUUACUGGACAUUAAGGGAAGUCAGGAACAUGUGCCCACUGUCUGGGUACUAUUUGAAAGACACUGUCUCAUGUCAGUGUUAUCGACUUAUUCUUUGAAGACCAAACUGACAUGCUGCAGAGCAAGACAGUGACAACUGAUUAAUCUUUUAAGGCUCAGAUGUGAGCGUAAAUUAAGCCUUGUGUGAAUGAGAAUAUUUAUGACUAUCCUGAAGAGUUUUGUGUACAGCUCAACUGGUAUAAUUUACAGUUUCCUAUAUUUUGCUAUUUAGGCCUGUUUAUGAUGGACUAAUAACACCAAGGAAAGAUAGAAGGUGGAAGGAAAUCACAUUUUUUACAAUUGUCUAAGCAACUUUAGAAAAUGUGUCUUUUACAAGACUUGAAAAAACAACGAUGAGUCUUUAGUCUGUAUUAUGGGUCAUGCUUACUUAUCAUUCUGGUCAGUCCAGGUAUUAUGUUCUUGUAAUAGGACCCAUAUCAAACACAAGCACAUGAUACAGGACCAAAAGUCCCACUCUUAUCACUUCAUGGACAUAAAUAACAUUGUAUAUUCCAAGAGGACAUAUGCACCUGCUGUAUCCUGAACAGUGGUGUUUGGCUCAGUGCUUCAGCAAUGUAUGUUCUGUUAUAUACGUGUUUCAGUUUUUUUGUUUAAAAUGUUUGUCCAUCCUUUUUCUAUAAUACCUGAAAUAAAAGCAGGGUCUUGAAGAUGAAAAGGUUAUAUAAUAAGGAUGCAAAGGCUACUGUACUCCCUGCUAGACCACUGUUUACAUAUACUUUUAGAAUAAAAAAAAUCCUAAAAAAUGAAACUGCUUAGGAAACAGCACUAUAUAGUCAUAAGGAGACAGGUAAAAUAAGCAGACAGUGGACAAGUUCAUUGAUCACUCAUGUGGAGGUCAUCACACACUGCCUGUGUCCCAGCUCCGGGGCUCCUCCUUCAGUGUCAUGCAUGUCUAUAAUGAAUGUGUUAAAAGAGGCUGAUGAGGCUUGACCCAUUCCAAAGGAACCUGCAAAUGUGACCUUCUUUUCCUAUCCUUUAUCAAAACAUUGACUGGCCACUUGUUUAAUGGUGUGUUCAGGCAGCCCUCCUAAAUUCAGUAAUAUCAAGUGAGCAUGUAGUAUUAGAGUUGACGAAGAGCACCCAAACACACCAUCUGUUUUGGUCUCUGUGAGACUAGUGUCUUAUUAAAGGAUAAUUUCGGUUUAUUACAACUUGGGUCUUGUUUUGUAGUUUUGACCAUCAUUUCUAUCAGUAAUAAUAACACUUACUUAUUGUACUUACCAAUUUAAUACCUGAGAUCUGGGAACAUGUUGGCAUCAAUAAAAACAAGGCCAGGUCAAGAAACAUGAGCAGUGAGACAAUCAGACAGGUUGGAAACAAACCAACAGGUUAGUCAAACUUAUUUGGAAGAGAAAACAAAGGCAAAAUAUUACCCAAGCAUCCAAGCAUCCCCAGCUUCUUCCGCCACUUUUCAUGUGAACAGCUAAGUGUGUCUCAUUAUCUCUAUUUGUGCGAUUCAUUUCAUCUGGACUAUAAAGACCCGAAAAAGAGUUAUUGGGGAGAGAUCAGAGAGGCAGGCAGGUUUUUCACCCCGCCUUCGAGUAUGGCCAUUCAGAACAGGAGUUAACACUUUCUCUAAAGCAUACUGAACCCUUUACUGUAGCUGUAUGCACACAGUUUGCCUGUACAAUAAAGGAUUAUCAGCAACAUUUCAGAUGCGUUCGCUUUUAGUUUUACCUCCAAAUAAAGUGGUUUAGAUAAUCUGGACAAACUGUUGGCUUGUUUCUAACCUCUCUGAUCGUCUGACUGCAUGUGUUUCUUGACUUGUCAGACUUUGUUGUAGCGAUCUUGCCAUGCUCCCAGACCUCCGCAAUUAACUUGGUUACUAUGUUAUCAUAACCAAUAGGAAAGACCAAGUGGUAAUAAACAAGUAAGCUAUCCAUUGAGGGAGGAGGUGCAGGUUCUCCCUACUGGACUGCAGUCCUGCAAAGGCCACACCACUGACGGUGGCCUCUGAAUUCGUGUGACUCCACACACUGUUUGUACUGUUCUACCCAGUGCAUAUUCAUCUAUGAUGACUGGAGAGAGGGAGCCUGUCUGUGUGACUUAUUUUGCUGUUUGUAUUGUAAAGGUAGUAGUGCCCUCUACAGGCAUUCUCAAGGCACUUGAAUGAAAGGAUCUGAUGCCUCUUUGGCACUCUUUGUAAUCUAAUCAGUGGAUGUAUUUUUAUUAGAUCAGCUGUGCUCUGAUUUGGAUGCAUGCUGACACAUUCAAACACACAUUUAAUUGUGUGCACAAUGAAUUACUCACACACACAGUGCAGUGUGAGUGUGUAAUGAUGGGACCAGUCACAAGGUGAAACAUGAAUUAUAACUGAGUUCCCAAAUAUACUUACUCACUCUUUCUAGAUGAAGAUGUCAUAUUUUUUGAUGUCAGUUAAAACUAAUGUAUUGCAUUUUUAUAAGAGGAACUUGGAGCUGUGUGUUGUUGUUAACAUCUCAGUAUAUUUUUUAAAAAAUGGGUGCCUUUUCAUAAAUAGACAAUUUAUGAGAAGGUGAAAAAAACUGUAUCCUCAAUACGGCCAGAUUUUGUUCGUACGUUCUCUCUUGUUUAUCUUUGUUUAGUGGAUAUUUUGAUAUGUAAAUCCUCAGGUUCUCAGGUUUUGCAUACUUUUACAGCUUUGUGUUGUUCUCUAAUCAACUUCAAUGUCAGUCAUCUAGUUUUCACGCAAUAUAGGUUAAAGUUCUAACCUCACUGUGCCACAAUUCAUUUUUUUUUCAGCAAAUGAAACUUUUUUGUGGAAAGCAGUGGCUUCAGUUACGUUCAGUAGUGAGUUCAGUUUGGAUCACUUUCAACUGCAGCACUGUACUAAAAAGACAGUGACAUUCAAUAGGGGAUGGUUAACACAAAGAAAGUUGCCACCACAGCAUGUGGAAAAUGACCAGAAUAGGGACGACAGUGACAUCCUCUGUACAGUAGCUUUGGAGAUGCUGUGUGGGAUAAAAACAUGACUCUUUUUCUUGUAAGUGGAAUGAUGGGGAGUGUUCAUUUCUAACUGUAUUCACACUGUUUCUGAGAGCCAGUGUCCAGGCUGGCCAGUCAAGGCUGUUGAUUAGAUAAGCGUGCUUUACUGAGCACAGCCUGAUCUCACUGGAAAUUUGAAAAAAAAAAAUACACAUCAUGCUGUUUGCUUGAUAUGUAAAUGAGUGAAAAGACCAUGUGGACUCAACCAGAAUGGGUUUUUAUAAUGAAGUAAGCAACAACAUGACCAAAACGUUAUCUUAAUCCUAACCAAAUAAAGUCAAGCUAAUCUUGACCCCCAAAAUCAUCUAAACCUGAUGCAACACCAACAAUGUGCCUUUGGCAUUAGCUGUCUAAGGGGACAACGCUGAUAAAAUGUUGUACAUACAACUUGUUAAAAGCACAGAAUAUGGGUUUAGGACAACAGCUAGCUACAGUUGUUUGGUCACAUAUGAGCUCCCUCCUACGUAGAUAGUGGCUGAUGGAGAAUAUUUUAACAUUGUGAAGCACAAUGCAGCUAAAGUUGAGAAAUGCUACCUUACGGCCCCUUGUCCAUUCACUGAAAAUAACCAGGAAAAAUGACUCCACAUGGUCAUGACAUACUUCAGAUAAUUCAGUUGUUCAGAUAAAACUUUAUUUUAAAUAACUGAAGUAAAUUUUCAAAAGCUACAGACUACAGCUUGGCAACAGGGGAGCCCAGGCGUGCUCUGCUCAGAUGAGAGGAGUAGUAGAGUGCAAACUGUACAUCCUCGGUUCAGCUACUCCAGAACAGUACAGCUCGGCCUGGUUUGUGUGAUCAGAUGUGGCUCUGUGGUACAGAAAGUGUUGUCACUGCUGCAGAUCAGGGACCUAUGCACAACCUAAUCUCCACACAGUCAUCUGAAAAAUGUCACACAAUCUCCAUUUGUAUUUGUUGUUGUAAUCAUUUAGGUUUUGUACAGUUAGCUAAACAUACAAUCAUACAAACCAGACACUAAAACCUGCUUCUUCGUCCCUCCUGCCUGCUCUCUUUUUGUUGUUUCUUUAAUGUUUCACUCUUCCAUCCUCAUCUACUUUGUUUGUUUAACAGUAGCCUGUGUGAUGAUUAGUCAGUUUCUUUAUUUGCAAGUCAACAUAAUGAUAGUGAAUGAUAGAGACUUUUGAGUCAGUUACCAAUAUGCAAGACAAAUAAAUGUGUUCAUGUGACCUA